UGGCCCCGAUGACGCAAACAAACAGAACCAACCGCCGGUGGGAUCGAGUGGGAUCAUACACAUGGUCGUAAGGUAGAAGAAGCCUGUUAGAGAUGGCUCAGUCAGCUAUACGCGCCACCGUGAGGACGGUAAACAAGGGGAGGAGGCUUGUCCCGAAGAGAGCCGCACUAGAACUGACACCGAGUGCACUGACAAAAGUGAGAUCUCUUCUGUCAGAAAACUCAGAAGCUGUAAGUGCUUUCGUGCAAAACCCCGAGCUAAAGUUUGAACAUGGUUCACAGGUAGGGUUGAGGGUGGGUGUCAGAACAAGAGGCUGCAACGGACUCUCAUACACCAUGGACUAUGCAACAGAGAGAGGAAAACUCGACGAAGAAGUAGUUCAAGAUGGAGUCCGGAUAUUCCUGGACAAGAAGGCUCAGCUGACGCUACUGGGGACAGAGAUGGACUACGUAGAGACGAAACUGGCUCGGGAGUUUGUCUUCAACAAUCCAAACGCAAAGGGAAUGUGUGGAUGUGGUGAAAGCUUUCACGUAUAGCAGCAGUAAACACUCACCACUGUACCCAUGAUCAAUCAGUCGUCGUUAUUUUUAAUUGUGUAUGUGUCACGUAUUAUUUAUGUCAUAAUAAUUAUUAUAUACACCCGUUCUUGUGUCUUUUACAGUGCGCUUCAGAUCG